GCGGGCUGAUUCGCUGCGUGAGGUGCUUCCUUGGGGUGCUUGAGCCCACUAGGAAUGGCAGCCCCGUCUAUGAAAGAAAGACAGGCUUGCUGGGGAGCCUGGGAUGAAUACUGGAAGUGUUCAGAUGAGAACACAGAGGACGCUUCUCAGUGCAAGAAGUUAAGAAGCUCAUUUGAAUCCAGUUGUCCCCAACAGUGGAUAAAAUAUUUUGAUAAAAGAAGAGACUACUUAAAGUUCAAAGAAAAAGUUGAAGCAGGACAAUUCCAGCCUUCAACAACAACUGCAAAGUCCUAGGCUGCUCCUGAACUUCUCAGAAGGUUUGAAUCAUGGUAAACCGCAUGACUCGGUCCACAUUAACAACUCUUUAAAAUGAUCAAGUAACAGAGAUUCCAUCAUUCAAACUAUGAAGAAUCAAAAUGGUAUGAAAGAUGCUUAGUUUUAAUUUAGUAAGGAAGCUAUAUUUUAAGGA